GAUCAAUACCCCUGUUCAAUGCGCGCUCUCUCUCUCUCUCUCUCUCUAUAUCGGUCUAUCUAUCUGUUGCACCAGCAACACCCGGGUAAUAAAGCUCACACUUUAACACGGUAGAGAGAGAAAAGUUUCAAACUUGCUGGCACCCACAUAGAGAUAGAGAGAGAAACAAAAAGUUUGAAGCCACCUUUAGUUCAUGGGUCUCUGGGACUGGUGUAGAGACACUUGAUGGUAUGACUCUCCAGUCUGACCUCCUUUGCUUUGCUUGGCAUCAUUUUAGUGUUCACAUGCCGCGAGACUUUGCUUUGAAAGUAUAGUACUUGAUGGAAGGAGAAAUGUCCUACAAAAAAGUGCUUCUAACAUACAAGAGGAAACGGCCUUCAUCAACAAUAUGUCUUGCUCAAGAACCAGGACAAAAUGAUUCAGCUUUAGAAGGUUUAGCAAUCACGCCAAGCGUGAAAGAAGAAUGUGAAAACAAUUUUUUGGAAAACCAGGGAGCAAAUAUGCUGCAUGUUCAUGACAAAAGCCCAAGCCACAGCUGUCUCACAGAACAAGAUCCUUUGGCAUCUUCGCCCACUGGUAGUUCUUGCGGGCUUAAGGAGGACGACAUCACUAAUGAACCUAAUGCGCCAGUAUUGGGUGUUCAUGCAUCUAAAUCACCUCUAUCACAUAAGCCUUCUUAUAAGCCUUCUACAGAUGCAUCUGUUCAGAACUUCAAUGAAUUGUCUUCAGCAUAUAUAAAGUCAAAAGGUCAGAAAAAUGGUGACCAUGCAGAGUCCUAUCCAAUAUAUAUCUCGGAAUUCAAAUCUGAUGAUGGCAGCUCGGUCUGUUGUACUGAUACCCUGUUAUUGGCUGUUGAUGCUGAAAAGGAAGACUAUUAUAGCUUAAAUUCAACAAGUCCGGAAAAGUGUGGCCUUCCGGAUGGCAAAGUUUUAUCUGUAAGAAGAUCAAACUUGGAGGACAGCAGCUCACUCAUCAAGGAGAAGUCAGCUUCUGUAUCUGGCGAGUUGCAUGAGAAAAUGAAAUCACCCACUCCAUUAAUUACAUUCCAGAGAAGACACAUAAGGAAAAAGUGUGCAGGCGUUGAUGUAGAAAGCAAAUUACUACCCGAGAAGAAGUGUUGCGAAGAGCUUCAACAAGGGAUCAACUUCAUUCAUGAGAAACAGUGUCUGUCUGCUGCAACAUGUCAGUGCCACUCUGAAGAUGAGAGAACAGUGUCAAAAAUGCCUGAGGCUGAUUUACAUAGGAUUCAUAUAACUGAUCAAAUGAAAGAUGUUGAUUCGAUAUCAACUCGUUCUGGAUCUUUUCCUGGAAAAAAGAUUGUGACUGAGGGGAAACAAGUGCAAAAUGUGGAAACGAAGUCUGCUGGUGCCUUGCCCAGUGUUGGAUCAAUAGCAGAUGUUAACUCUGAUAGCACUUUUAAUGUCAAGGGAGACUCUCUUCUCAUGUCCUUCCCACGUAUUAUGGUUGACAACUCCACUGCCGACGCCACAGGCAGUGGCAAACGAACUGAAGACCCUAAAUGCCAACUGCCAAUUGGUGAGGAUUCUCAGAUAUGUUCAGUUGAUGGUACCAAGAUUACAUCUGAACCAGACUCUGGGAGAAGAGAAUUAUUUCUUCCUUGUUUAAAUCUUUCUAUUGCACCCCCUGAUUCUCGUGCUACUAGGGAAAACAUCAAUUUAAAUGUGGAUUUUCAGAGUCAGCCAGAAAAUGAUUUUGUGAACAUCAUAAAAGAGACAGUGGGAGAAUUUCCAUCCCUCAACCAAAGACAAGUGCAUACUAAUCCAUGUAGUACUGAGGAACUUCAUGCCAGAUGCAAUAAUGAUUUGACUUCUAUGGUUUUGACGAUGGAAGUUUCACCAAAGAUCAAAUGCAUGCAGCUCCUCGUGGAUGGUCAAACUGAAAUAUCAUUGCGCUCGCCAAUUAAAUCCCCUGAAAUGGCUACUCUCCAUGUUUCUGAUGCAAGAGAAGAUCUCCAAUUAGGACUUGAUACUCAUUACGUGAAUCAAACUUUAGGCAGAUCUCAGUUUGCAGGCUCAUAUUUGCCAACUGAAACUAAGAUUGAUGGAUGUGCCUAUGUAAACAGCUCCACUUCAGUGCCUUGGAGUGAGAGAGAAUUCAUGCUGCAUGCAUUUCCCCAAGUUUUUUCGAGCCAGAGAUCAGUGCUUCACAGACACAAACAGAUGCUUGAUGACAUUAUGUAUCGAUCUAAAAUGUUGGCUGGAAAAGAAAAUAUGCGAGACAAGCUUAAGCCAUAUGUUGAUAUGUGGUCAGAAGAGGAGUUGGAUGUUCUCUGGAUAGGCGUGAGAAGAUAUGGAAAGAAUAACUGGGAUGCUAUGCUAAGGGAUCCGAGAUUACACUUCUCACCUUGCAGGGUGGCAAGGGACCUUGCUGAUCGAUGGGAGGAGGAGCAGAUUAAACUUUUGAGUGGUCGUUGGUCACCACAAUUCAGAACCUCAAGUUCACAGGAUCAUCUUUUUGGUAAUCAUCUUUUUAAUCCCGGGACUCCACGAGGAAAUAUGUUGGAUGAGACCCAACUCAAUAUGUUUGCUCACAAAAAGAAGAAGAGGCGUCGCCUGAAUUGUCCAGAUCUUGUCAAUUAUGGCAUUCAGCAGCUCCAGAGUGAUUAUCCUAGAAGGAACCUAUAUGCAGAGUUACUUGAGAAGAAAUGUGAUAGAAUGUCUUUUGAGCAUAUGGAAAGAGAUGCGAUGGCAAGAGUGGAAGGUAAUUUGCCUCAUUGGUUGAGGGAGGUUGUUAAUACGCCUCCGCCGAUGUUGACGGAGCGAACUCAGUCCUCAUGUCUUUCUUCUAUUUCUCCUUCUCACAAUUUACAGAUAAUUCGACCUUAUUCAAAUUCUAGUGAGCCACACUUGGGAUCGACUAACAGUGUAGGUGGUAUCUCCAACGCAUCGAGGCUAGGUAAUGUGCGGCUCUCUGGUAGUGCUGCUUUUGAAGGCAACUUCUCAUUGCAAACGGGGCAUGAAGCAGCCGAGUUUUGCAGGGCUUCUGAGCAUCACAUUGGUAAGCAAGAUGAUUUGAUCGUCAUCAACAGUGAUGCAUCUUCUGAAGAGACCAUAUCUGAUGAUAACUGUGUUAGGCUGUGACAUUGCAGAUAUUUUAGUAAUCUAGUAAAUAAUUCUCUGGUACUUGUGCUAUGCAUUUUGUCAUGGAGCAAUUUGGAAAUGCUGAAGGUGCUGCUUAGAGGCUAAGUCCGGCCGACCCAUAAACACUUGUGGAACUUGGAAAGAAAGGCUCAUUAUUGAUGGAAGCAGCAGUUCAGUGCCUAUAUUACCUGAAGGACUAGAUAAAUAGGGAAUCGAGUAGCUUCAACAUGUGGUAGAUAAUUUCCGCGGAGUUAUUCAGAAAGUUGAUGUCUGCAAAAUGAGAGAAACUAUGAGCUUUCCUAAUUCCUUCAAGCUCCAUGACAAGUUCUCUACCAAAUUGAUUUCCUUCAUAAACUAGACAAAGCUGGCAACUCGGUGUCUCCCUUCGUCGUCCUCUACAUUACAUAAUGUCUUGGUAAUCUGCCCCAUAAGUAAGUUAACUCACACAUAUUGGAAGCUGUGCUUGUCACUUUAUCUGGGAAUCGACCAGAUUGGAAGUUUCUAAACGUACCUUGCACGACCAUUGUCAGGUGAGUUUUGUCAUAAUAGUACUGGCCUUGAAGCGCAAAAAUCUUGUAGACUUCCGCAUUGUAUUUGUCAUCCAACAGUGUUACAUUGUUUUACGUCUCGGUGAUAAAUUGGGUGUGGGCUGCUGCUGCUUCAGCGACUUUGUAUGCAAUUCGAUACCGGUCUUCCCAUAUCAGCAAACAAUCAACUGUCUUGUCGAUGACUCUGCUGUGACAGGGUGCCUUUAGCGGUAUAAACUCAUACAUUAGUAAAAGGAAGCUUGGUGU